AUGCCUGGGCCGCGAGUUGCUAAGGAGUGGCUCGUUUCAGUUCGGGAUGGCCCUGGAGAUCUUUCUUCUUAUCACGGACAGUGGGUUCGCCGUUCGGGAGUCAGCGAGUCCUCGGCGGUGGCCCACAUUCAUUAUGUGCUGUGCGAGUCGGUUCGGUUGGCCAUUCAGACAGACCAGCUCGAUGUGACAAACUUGUUGAGCUUCGAACUCAUCAUGCGCAGGAUCUGCCAGGACGAGACCGCAGUGGCUCGCAACCCUCGCCAUCCUGACGACGGUGGGCUGGAGAUGUUGCUUCGCGCUCCGACCACCGAACAGGGCCAGGCGAGCACGAACAGGUUCACGGAGUGGGUCACGGGCCGUCUCAAGGAGCAGGCCGCGAUCUACAAGCAGACUCGGUUGUGGAACGAGGAGCAGCGGGCCAUGCAGAACUCUCGUGCCCCCGCAGAAUGGAUCUUGGACAGCAUCACGGAGCGCGCUGCCGCUGUGGCCCCCCCCCCCCCGCCUGGCCUGACGGCCGAGGGGGCCGCUCGCGAGUUGCUGGCUUCUAAGGGCCUGUACUGCCAGGAGCCGAAGAACCUCGCGCCGUUCGAUCUGACAAAGCUCAAGGUCGCAAAGGGGCGCGCUCGACCUCGCUCUGUGGCUAACUUCUUGCCGCCUUUGCCUGCGGACAUGAUCCGCAACCCUGCGCUGUACAUCGAGAAGGAUGAGGGGGAGAUGGAGUUCAUGCGCCAGCACACCGAUCCUAUUCGUCCUUACUGGGAUCCCGUGCUUCGCUCGAGUCGGACAGAGCGUUGGCGACUCUUCAGGGUGCUGUAUGAGCUGGGGCUGAUAACUUUCAGGCCAAUUCGUGUCAUCGUGCCCCUCCGAUUCCAAGACUCGGUUCAGCUGGGGCCCUGGCGGACCUCGACCUUCUCCGUGGGUGGCGAGUCCGUCGACGGCGUCGGCAGUGUGAUAGGCUGGGACCCCCACGGGAACGAGGCCGAUGUCGAGGACUGCUUCUACAACUUCGCCAUCGAUGGCCUGGCGGAGUGGUUCGGUUUCGACGACCCGCUGCCCGCCGCCGAGAUCAGGGACGCGUACGGCAUCAAUGUCGGAGCGUUCUGGGACCCCGAGCUGAGCAUGAUGGUCUCCGUGGAAGACGACAUGGUCUUGUACCCGUGCAUGCGCGCCAUGUGCAUGGGGUGGUCCUGGGCUCUGUACUUUGCGCAGGAGGCCGUAUCCGCUAUGACAGAACGGGCGCUGCGCUCGUCGUCUCUACCGACGCCCGCCAUGGUGAAGGAGCACCAUCCCGCCCCCGACUUGAAUGAGUCCAAGGUCAUGGGCAGCGUCUACGUGGACAACAUCACUGUCUUCGGCAGGGACGCCUCUCUGGCUCGUGAGGCAAGCUCCGCCCUGCAGGCUGAAGCUGACCGAUCUGGUUUGCCUAUCGCGUGGUCCUAUCCUGAUGUGGUGACCCACCUCGAGACCGCGGGCGUUGAGAUCGACCUCAAGAGGGGGAGGCUUCGCAACAAGGCCUCCCGAGUGUGGCGCUUUGACUUGGCCACCCGCGCUCCCCUGCGUCGUGGCAAGAUGCGAGGGGAGCACAUGGAGGUCUGGCUGGGCCACGCUGUAUCGCUGCUGAUGCUGGCCAGGCCUGGGUGCGCCGCGCUCUCAGCCACGCACCGGUUCGCCGAGGCCGCCUGGGGUGUUCGGACCCCUUUGCCGCGCGAGGUCAUGCGCGAGAUGAGGUUGGUCGCUGGGCUGGUCUGGCUCGCUGAGGUCGACCUGGCUGCGCCCUACGCGCCGCGCGUCUAUGCCAGCGACUCCACCGACAACGGGUACGGCCUGAUGUACAAGAGGGCCUCGGUCGAGGAGAUGCAGUCGGCCUUCCGCUGGAAGGAGAAGUGGAGCUUCAGGCAGCACCUGCGAGGCCCCCGCGUUGGUCUGACUUCGGCCGCUGAUGUCGCUGAGAUGGGCGGCUACAAGGAGGCAGACGAGGCGCAGCUGGAUCACGAGGUGGAGCCUCGUUGCCGCUCCGCCGAGCCGAACGCUGGCUCCGCCCCUGCCGCGGCCUUCGGCCAGUGGCUGCAGAGCAAGGCGGAGGAGGGCUCUGCCUCUGACAGACCUCACCGGCCUCGCCCUCGCCGUCUGCGGCGGCGCCCAGCCGACCCUCAGGAUCCCGACGCCGAGCGCCUCGGUCAGGUGGGCCCCUCGGCGCCGCCGCUGCCCGCCUCCUGGUUCGACUCGGAGGGCUUCGAGCUGGUAGCGGCGAGGCGCUGGCGCUGGCCUGGAGAGCACAUCAAUGUGAAGGAGACCCGCGCUGCUGUGAUGGGGCUGCGGCAUGCCUGUCGCGUUCGCCAGAAUUGCGGACGCCGCCUAGUUUCUCUCGUGGACUCCAUGGCAUGCGUUGGCCGCCUGGACAAAGGGCGGUCCAGCCGCUCAGCAGCUUUGAGCGCGCAGUGCCGGCGAGCUGCGGCCUACGCAAUCGGUUGUAGAGUGCGUUUGAGGUUGCGGUAUGUCAACGCGAAGUUUAACGUGGCCGACGCUCCAUCUCGUCGGUUCGAGCACAACUCCCCCGACAAAGGGCACCCGCCCGCCGCGGCCGAGAGCGACAAGCAUCUGGGUUUGCAGUCUCCCGAGGGCCAGGGUUUCUUGGAGCUGUUCUCGGGCGAGGGUGGGCUCUCCAAGGCGUUCGAGGAGCUCGGCCUGCCAACCUACCCCUGCAUGGACAUUAAAGAUGGGGCUCACCAUGACCUCCUGGGCCCGCAGGCGCACCUGGCGGCGGGGGCCUGGAGGCCCGGCUUCGCGAUGCUGCGCGACGGCCGGCUUCGCGCGCCCGCGAGCGCCUCCGACCAGCUCGGCAGCGGCUUCAAGCGGAGCCUGACCUCGGGCUCGCUGGCGCCGCCGACUCAGGCGAUCUCGAGAGCAGGUUUGACCACCUGCGGCCUUUCAUCGUCUUCGGUCAGGACUCCAACCUCGAGGCAGCAAGGAAACAGGCAGCCCGCUCGAGGAAAGGCCCGAAAGGUCGCUGGCCGCCGCUCCCGCGCCUCUAGUUUCGUGGAGGCAAUCAAGGGCCGCAACCUGAGCUUCGGGCCGAAGGCGCCAGUCCCUGUGGAUGGAGGUGUCGCCCGUUUUGGCUCAAUCACCUCGACGUCGCUCGAGCGAUAUGGGACCGCAGUUCGCGAGUUAUUCGACUGGGCGACGCGCCCAAAUGACCUCAGACACGCUCCAGAGUCCGUUAUCGAUCAGAAAAUGUGCAAGUACUUCGAUGUUCUCAUGAGUGACGCUCGGCAUGCCGCUGAAAGACGGGACACACUCUGGGGGUAUCUGACUUUCUUCCCGCGGUCGGACAUCGUCAAGUCCGCCCAGCUCGCGAUGGCUCGUGAGGCGAUGAAGGGCUGGGUCCGCAGGUUCCCUGGCUCCUCGCGACAUCCGUGGCCGCUCUCGGUUUUCUACUUGUUCAUGAGUGUCUUUCUGAAGGACAGUCACACCGAGGCUGCCACCACGAAGACUGGCGAGAGUGAUGACACUGUGGUUCUCGAUUCUAUCGGCCGCGAGUGGGUAGGUCCCGUGCUUGAGAUGUGGGCUAGGCGCCGUAAGUCUGACGCCUGUUCUGAUCAGCUAGUCUUCCCGCACCUGUCUCUAGCCAAGUAUGAAGCACUUUUUAGGAAAUACAGUCGCUCUGUUCUCGGCAAGGUAGGGCACCUCACUCCCCACGUGGCCCGUCAUUCAGCGCCUAGUCACGACGCGCUGGUGCGCGCUCGCAGUCUAGCAGUUGUUCAGAAGCGCGGGCGCUGGGCCCACGCCAAGUCCGUGAAACGAUACGAGAAGAGCGGCCGCCUUCUUCUCCAGGCCGCCCGUCUUCCUUCCGAGCUCGCGAGGCGAGCCACUGCUGCGGGGGCCUCCAUCUCUCAGUGCUUUCAGGAGGCCCUCCAGUAA